AUGGCCUCUACCACUCAGUUGCCCGCGGCGCGGUCGAGCACUGCCUCGUCGCCUUUCCCAUACGCCUCUGCACCAGACAUCAUCCGCGCCCACCAGAAAGACGCAUACUUCCAAGGGCUGCUGACGAACCAGCUAGUCGACCUCCACAGACGACUGCUCGGCGCCCGCUCCGCACACGCAUGGGCCAACGAGUCGCGCACCGCGGCUGACCUGCUCUACCUCUGCCUGACCACCCUGAUAGGGAACCGCACACUGGGCGAGGAGUACUGCGACCUGAUACAGAUCGAGGAGCCCUCCACGCCCAAGCUGACAUCCUCAAAUCACGAUGACAAAACAAGCACAGCUGCAGCAUCACUAGGCGGCCCAAAACUCCCGUCCAUCGGCCGCCGGUCGAGCCUCAUCGCCCUCUCAGUCGCCGUGCCCUACGUCCUCUCGCGGCUCCUGCCUAAGGUCCGCAGCCGGCUUCGCCAGCGCCUGGAGGGGCGCCUGGCGGAGCUCCAGAGGCAGCACAAGGCGGCGCACAACAGCGCCGAGUACCGAGUGAAGCGGUACGUGCUGACGCACCUGACGGGGCUGACGUCGGGCGCGCACCUGCACGCCGCGGUGCUGGCGACCUUCUACUUCACGGGCGCCUACUACUCGCUGUCGAAGCGCCUCACGGGGCUGCGCUACGUCUUCACGCGCCGGCUGCCGGAGCACCCGGGCGGCGCCGCCGAGGGCAGGGACGGGCGCGCCGGCUACGAGGUGCUGGGCGUGCUGCUCGUCGUGCAGCUGGCCGUGCAGGCCUACCUGCACAUGCGGUCCACGCUCGCCACCGCCGGCACCGCCGAGGACGCCAGCGUCGAGGCGGCCAUCCGGGAGCGGGCGUUUGGCUCCGCCGCGGCCGCCGACGUCUCGCUCGACCACGCGCACAGCUACGGCAGCGGCAACAACGACCUGCUCCUGAGCGCCGGGGCCGGGGCCGGGGCCGGGGGCCGGCGGUCCAAGGCCGCCAUCGGGGCGACGACGCACACGCCGGUGCCCAGGGGCGACGGCGCCAGGUACGACCUCGGCGGCGGCGACGCGGUCAUGGCAUGGAUCAAGGGCCGGUCGCAGCGCAAGUGCACGCUGUGCCUGGAGGAGCUCAAGGACCCCUCGGCGACGCAGUGCGGACACGUCUUCUGCUGGUCGUGCAUCGGCGACUGGGUCAGGGAGAAGCCCGAGUGCCCGCUGUGCAGGCGGGAGGCCUUGGUGCAGCACAUCCUGCCCUUGCGCGUGGCGUAA